CUUCCGUCAAUGCUGUUUCUUGAGGAGAGAUUCAAGUGUCUGCCAAAUACUGAAAAAAAAAAAAAAAAAACAUUUAUUCUUGAAAUCAAUCUCUCUCUUCACCCAAAUUCGUAACCGCCUCCCCUCUGCUCAUCUCAGUUUGCUCUCUUCAUACAAAAAUCUUUCAUCUCCCCCUCUCUCUUUCUCCUCUUUUUUCUUCCCUCUCCUCUCACCGACGGCCGGAGACGGCGAAGGCCAAGAACUUCGUCUUCUUCGUUCCAGUUCGUCACUUCCAGCUCAAAACCUUCUCCUAUCCGGCUCACAGCUCGUCAACGAUUGUUUUAAAAAUUAGGGGUUUUACGAAAUAAGUUUCUUAGGGUUUAUUUGUGAAUCGCGGCCGUUCAGUCUCUCGAUUCCAGAACAGAGAGAAAGAUCGAGAGAGACGAGCGGAGAGUGAGAUGCUAAGAUAGAGGGAGGCUGAGAAACAAACUAAAGAUAGCUAUUGCUGGAUAUUGCUUCCUCAGGAAUUUCAUUGAUAUUGAGCAAUGGCGGCGGUUUCAACUUCGGGACCCAAGUCCCUUAAAGAAUAUCUAAAAAGAUAUGUGAGCAAUGGUGAAGAAGAGCAGAAAAAGAAGAAGAGGAAAAAGAAGGUUGAAAGUAAACCAGAUGCGAGGGGCGUUUUAGUUGUGGAUGAAGAUCCAGUUUGGCAGAAACCAGUAAAUCUUGCAGAGGAAAAUGAAGAUUCAGAUGAUGAAGAGAAGCCACAAGUUGAUGAGGACAUUGAGGUUAAGCGGAUGAGGAGGCUCGAACAACUGAGGGCCAGGCGUCCAUAUAAUGCCAUAUCAGAUGAUGGAAGUGGUUGGGUUCCACUCUCUCCUAAACAUGGGAAAUCUAGUGACCCGUAUUCUGAUAUGUCACCACCUCGUAAACAAAGGGUUCGGAACGACACACCUUCACCAGAACCUGAACUGAAGCCUUCAGAUUCUGGCAGAGAUAACACCGAUUUGUCACCUGCACGGCAGUGGCGGAAACACCACCAUACUCCAUCACCUGAACGUGAUACAAAGCGUACAUAUUCCACUGACCUGAACUCUGAUAUGUCUCCACCUCGCAAACGGAGGGUUUGGAAUGACACACCUUCAUCAGAACAUGGAGUGAGGCCUUUAGAAUCUGACAAAGCAGAUGCUGAUUUGUCACCUCCACGGCAGCAGCAGAAGCGUCAUCGUACACCAUCACCAUCACUUGACAUUUCUCCUCCUCGACGGGGUCGUCGUGAUUCUCCAUAUCAAGAUGACUUCCGCGCUUCCCUGGGGUCAGACCUUUCACCUCCAAGGAAAAGCCGGAAGGAUGUUGGGAGAAAUGGGCCGCCUGAUCUUUCCCCUCCACGUAGACAUCGAAUCGAAACCAAUGCUUCAGGUGCAUCUUUGCCGACAGACCUUUCUCCACCAAGGAAAAGCCGAAAGGAAGUUGCAGUGAAAGAGCAACAAAAAACAGGCCUGGUUUCUGGUCAAGACAUCAGUGAAGAGAUUGCUAGAACUAAGAAGAAUGAUUGGUUGAGGUUUAACAAGAUGGAUCCUUCUAUAAGUGGUCGAGGGGCGGAACCUGUAUAUCGUGAUAGGAUAAAAGGAGAGCGUAUAUCGAAGGAAGAGUUCCUCAAAUCAAGGCAGAAAGUAAAAGUAGAAGAGAAACCCAAGGAGGUAAAGUUGGAAUGGGGCAAGGGCUUGGCUCAAAAGCGGGAAGCUGAAGGUAGGUUGCAGGAGUUGGAACUUGAGAAGGACAAACCAUUUGCACGAACCAGAGAUGAUCCGGAACUCGACAACAUGAUGAAAGAGAGAUUAAGAUGGGGUGAUCCCAUGGCGCAUUUGGUGAAGAAAAAGCAUCCUGAAUUGAAUCUCCCGAACCUAGGGGAUAACGAGCAGAUGAAAGAAUCAGGGUUUAUUAUUCCUCAAGACAUUCCCAAUCACAGCUGGUUAAAAAGAGGAUUGGAUGCUGCACCAAAUCGAUAUGGUAUACGACCAGGGAGACAUUGGGAUGGAGUUGACCGUAGUAAUGGAUUUGAGAAGGGAUUGUUUAAAAGGACGAAUGAGAAACGAGCUACAGAAACGGAAGCAUAUCUUUGGUCUGUAUCCGAUAUGUGACUUGAAGGUAAUAGUAGAAUUCCCAGUUGCAGUGAUGUGGUUCCAUUCCAGGUAAUUUUUGUUGCCUGAACUGUGGACUAGACCAGAAUUUUGUCAAGCGAGUAGGUGUGAAGGAUUUGAGUGUUGGACUAUUCUUGUUGCGGAGUGUUUGAAAAAAGUAAAUAUAGAUGAUAUGGCUUGACAUUUGUCUACUUUUUCCCCGCUUAGGCUUUUCCUUCAAUGGAAUGUGACCAUAAUGAUCUUUUAGAAUGUCACAUGGCCAAAUUGAAAGAUGUGAACUUUUUCUGGACAAUUGGUUGCUGAUCAAAAGCCGAUUUGAAUGCCAGUCGGUUACUAUUUGUAUCGCUAUUCUUCAUGAUUUGUAUCAAUACCGUGACUGAAUGAUGGGAUUGGAAGUUGAUAAAAGCCAGGAUGCUAUAUUGAUUACUAUGGAUCCACGAAAUCUUGAACUUUUCAUUUGGCAAGCUGUCCAACGCAAUUAUAGCUUGGCGAGAAGGUGUGGAUCCUUAAACCAUGGCUGGAUAUAUUCUUUGAGGUAGCACACGCGCCGACGUUGGCCAGAUAUGUUCACCAGUGGGAUCAGAUGACACUUUGUUACCCGCCCUCUGCCGCAAUGUCUUAGAUAUUAAGCACCACGGUCUUGCCACUGUUCCAGGACUAUGAUGUAGUUGCUAUAGGCUUUGGCCUCCAUUCAUACCAGAUACUACCAUAAAUGACUAAAAGAAGUGAAGAAACUAGGGGAUUAGCGAUGCCGUGUAUUUCAGCGUUAUUAGCUUGCCUUGGCCGCUAGCAUAAUUGAAAUUAAUAACAUAAUUAUUUUUUAGGAUA